AUGUACCUCACGCCAGAAAAGGAGCUCUACACAGUCAUCCAGCAGUACUACUCAGGCAAGUACGCUGAGAUCGUCGCCUUGGAUCUUGACACGGAAUUCGACUUCUCCAACGUCUUGUACGACAUCGAGGCCCACUUCUACAAGAUCCGCUCCCUGCUCCUUCUUGAAAACUACAAGGAGGCCGCCGAGUUCCUUGCUGCCCUCGAGAAGAGAGUCAUCUCCAACAACGAGAACAACCUCAUCGACACCAAAACAACCCAGGUCUUGCUCACCGACGUCAAGGUGCUCAAUUCCUUCAUCGAUUUCAAGAAGUUGAACUCCAUCGACAAUGAUCUUCUCGACUCCGUCGACGACUCCACCCCGUCCCUUGCGUUGGUUUACAAGGGCAUCAUCAAGUCCGACCAAAAAUUGUCCGCUUCCUCCCCAGACCUCGACUUGGAAUCCUACAUACAUUUGCUCUUCGCAAACUUCGCCUCAGGCAACAAAGAAAUCGACCCAAGCACAAUCAUCGGCUUGAAAAACCACUACUCAGACUCUCUCAUCUUGGCCUUUGCCAUCGCUUGGUUAGGCUUGUCCGCCCCAACUACACCAAACUCAGAUGACUCGUUAGCAAACCCUAAAAACUCAUACUACUUCUUUGACGAGCUAUCCUCAAGCGCAAACACGGACUCAGCGAAAAACGCAAUCAACCUCUUGGCCUGCCAUUUGAAGCUAGGUAACGUCCCAGAAGCUCUAGAGGUGAUUGAAAAACUGAAAACACUUCCUUCCGCUGACGCCUUGUCUUCCUGGAACUAUUCCUUGCUCAUCAACAAGAUCGCUCUAAGCUCUAUAACCUCCAACACUGUCGAGCGUGAAGAGUUAUUGGCGCAGAUAGAAAAAGACUACCCUGCAUCAUCCUAUGUUAGCGAUUUAAAGGAGAAAAAUGAGUUGUUCGACUCUAUCGUCUCCACCUACAACUAA